AAGCCAAAGAGCGAAUUCAGUGAAAACGAAAGUAAAUGUUUUCAGGGAGGGGCUGUCGUUGUGAAUGUCUCUAUUUUUUACACAUUUGUCCGAGAAAAGGCGGAAAAUGUUCGAUCAGAUUGUGGGAAAGUAAGAGGCCUGGUUAUUCUGCUGAGACCCCACAAAGAUGGAAGGAGUUCACCUCAUCCUGCUUUUGCUGUUUGGGAUUCCAUGCUCUGUGUAUGGUGACUUCCGAGUGAGUGGCCCAGGCCGUCCUGUGGUAGCCGUUGUGGGUGAAGAUGCUGUCCUGGAAUGUUACCUUGUGCCGAAGGUAUUUGCCAACAACAUGGUGGUGCGCUGGUUUAAAUCAGGCAUUCGGUUACCGGUUCACUCAUACAGAAACGGGCAAGACAACACUGCUGCUCAGCAUGAGGAUUACAAGAAAAGGACUGAACUGUUUAAAGAUGAAGUGUCCAAAGGCAAUGUUUCUCUUCGAAUAAAGAACAUAAGGGUGUUUGACGAGGGGAAAUACCUGUGCACAGUUGAUGACAAAACAGCUUUUGAAGAAACUACGAUUGAGCUAAAAGUUGGAGCAGUGGGACGUGAGCACUGGAUCCAGGUCGAUGGUUACCAUAAAAAUGGAAUUCGGCUUGUGUGUGAAUCUAAUGGCUGGUUCCCGCAGCCCCAGAUAUCGUGGACUGGUGGAAAUGGACAGAACCUAACAGCAAAGUCUGAAAUAAACAAUCGACGUGACUCAAAAGGUCUUGUAAAUGUCCAGAGCAGUGUAAUUGUAACAAAAGAUCCAACAAACAACUUCAAGUGCCUCACACAUAACCAUCUUUUGAAAGAAGAACAAAAAGCAGACAUCCAGAUAGCAGAUGACUUCUUCCCAUCUGUCUCAGGCUGGCUGGUGUUUUUAUCUGUGGUGCUCUGUCUUCUCAUAAUUACUUUAAUCGCUGGGAUCCUUUGGGAUGUGAAACAACUCAGAAAUAUUAAAGAACUGCGGCAUGACAAGACGAUUGAACAAUACGGUCGGUGGAAAUCUGUCAGUGAUUCAGAUUGGAAGAAUAUUUCGAAGUGCAAAGUCCCUGUAAAUCUGGAUGCAGAAACAGCAAACCCAAAGCUUGAGGUAUCCAAAGAUCGGAAGAAGGUGAGAUUGACCCAGACAGCAUUGAGCGUCGACAACAAUGAAGAGAGGUUUACAGUCUUGGAAUCAGUGCUGGGAUCAGAGGAAUUUACUUCAGGCUCACACUACUGGGAGGUGGAUGUGGUGGGGAAUCAGCACUGGACUGUGGGAGUAGCCACACUAUCUGUGGAGAGGAAGAAAGAAAUCCAAGUGAAAGCAGAGAAUGGUCUGUGGACGAUUGGUAGGGCUGGGGAUAAAUUUCAGGCAAACGCUGAAAAUACAAUCGAUAUCCAAGCUGGUGAGGUUCCCACGAAAAUUGGUGUUUAUCUCAGUUAUGAGACCGGGACUGUUUCAUUUUACAGCGCAGAUACAAAGAUUUACCUGCACAUUUUCACUGGAUGUGGAUUCACAGAGAAACUGUAUCCUUUCUUCAGUACAACAGUCUGUAACACGUGGCUGAGAAUCUGCCCAGUUUAACAUUGUUUCUGUGAAAAGUUUCUAACCUGAAGGUUUCUACAAAGUAUUUUACAGUUUAACAGGAAAAAAGGGACCUAGAAUCAUGCCAUUUUACAAAACGCUGUCUGAUUGUCUGAGCUUUUAAGUGAUGUAAUAUGCAUUUGAUCAGAUUCACAGAGAGGAGGUGGUUUCCCUCCAUGUAAACCACUGAUAGGCCAGGGAUUGUCUUACUUUGGAGAAGAGGAGGAGGAGGAGAGGGGACCUAAUUGAGGUAUACAAUUGAGGUAUCCCCUGAGAAAAAGAACAGGAAAUGACAUCGCCAACCCAAGGAAACCUAACCAGAUAAAUAGAAAGCGGGACAUAACACCAGCGCUUUUUCGGAGGCUCACUGAUGAUGUUACCUAGAAUGGUGACGAAACGUCUGAAAACUAACCUUCCAGCUCAGCGAGCAAACUCACAUCCAGAACCUCAACCUGAGCUACAAAUCUUCUCAAAACUCGCUGAGGUAUACAAGAUAAUGAGAGGCAUAGAUAGAGUUGAUAGCCAGAGACUAUUUCCCAGGGCAGAAAUGACUAACACGAGGGGUCAUAGUUUUAAGCUGUUUGGAGGAAAGUAUAGAGGGGAUGUCAGAGGCGGGUUCUUUACACAGGGAGUUGUGAGAGCAUGGAAUGCGUUGCCAGCAGCAGUUGUGGAAGCAAGGUCAUUGGAGACAUUUAAGAGACUGCUGGACAUGCAUAUGGUCACAGAAAUUUGAGGGUGCAUACAUGAGGAUCAAUGGUCGGGACAACAUUGUGGGCUGAAGGGCCUGUUCUGUACUGUACUGUUCUA